UAAAUGUGUUUUUGUGCGGGUUUAAAGGUGGCGGAUAUGCAGUGUAGAGAACUGGUGCAGACUGGUUGACUCUGCUGUUGUGCGCGCAGCUCUGAAUGUACCAUAAACAAUGAGAUGAGCGGGGACCCUUACAUGUGCAUAAAGCCCUCUCAGGUAAGGAUUAGUAAGUUGUCCUUUUGUACCGACACUUUUACCGCUUUAACACAACAGAGUCAUACGACUUUCAACGGUUUCCUGCCUGAGCGGCGUUAAUCUGCACAGAACCGCGAAGACAUGACAAGUCACCGGAUUGCGUUCACAGGGAUUUACAGUCCCUUCCUGUAAAUCGCGUUUUGCUCGCGGUUUACGCCUUAUUGGGAAGCAAACCCUUGUCGUAUGUAUGGCGUGACCCGGUAUAGAAACACAAUGGAGUGAAUGCCCUCAAAAUGACGUCUCCCAGACGAGUGGACCGCAUAUUUGUCUACAACUGAGUCCCCAUUACUGCAGGGACAAGUGGAUAAAACUGUGUUUCAGAUUCUCAGGAAUUAAAGUGCUGCAUGGAUGACGUUUGAUGACGUUUAUAUGAGACAGAAUGUUUACCCUCACAGAAGUUGCCUCUCUAAAUGACAUCCAGCCAACUUAUCGGAUACUAAAACCAUGGUGGGACGUCUUUAUGGAUUACCUGGGUGUGGUCAUGCUUAUGCUGGCCAUAUUUGCUGGGACAAUGCAGUUAACCAAAGAUCAGGUGGUUUGCCUUCCUGUUCUGGAAUCAUUGGAGGACCAAACCCCUGUGGCCAUAGAAAGGCUCCGAGAGAAAGCCCUUGGCUCAGGGACAGGAGGAGGCCAUGUGACAUUGGCAGCUGCACCUUCAGCAAGCAAAGAACAAACCGACAGUGUUGUCCAACACUUCUCACAGUCGUCUCCUGUCAGGCAACCUCAGCCUACGGGUUUACGAACAAAUCUGGAUUUUCAGCAGUACGUCUUUGUUAAUCAGAUGUGCUACCAUGUUGCCCUUCCGUGGUAUUCAAAAUACUUUCCAUAUCUAGCUCUUAUUCACACUAUUAUUCUCAUGGUAAGCAGUAACUUUUGGUUCAAGUAUCCAAAGACCAGUUCCAAAAUUGAGCUUUUUGUGUCUAUUUUGGGUAAGUGUUUCGAGUCCCCUUGGACAACCAAGGCAUUGUCUGAGACAGCCUGUGAAGACUCUGAAGAGAAUAAGCAGAGAUUGACUGGAGCCUCUACAUUACCAAAGCAUCUUUCAACCAGCAGUCAGGAGGGAAGUCCAAAUCCAUCCACACCCAUGCUUGUGAAAUCUAGCAUUAAGUUUUCUGCAGAGAAGCCAGUCAUUGAAGUUCCAAGUAUGACCAUACUUGACAAGAAAGAUGGAGAGCAAGCUAAAGCACUUUUUGAGAAGGUUAGGAAGUUCCGUACACAUGUAGAAGACAGCGACAUGAUUUACAAACUCUAUGUAGCUCAAACAAUAACAAAAACGGUCAAAUUCAUUCUCAUUCUGUGUUACACCAUGACCUUUGUCACGUCCAUUAAAUUCGACCAUGACUGUGAGCCUGAAAUUAAGCAUUUAACUGGAUACGCAAAAUUUAAAUGCACCCAUAACAUGGCUUUCAUGUUGAAAAAACUCCUUGUUACCUACAUUGCCCUCAUUUUUGUUUAUGGCUUGGUUUGCAUUUACACACUUUUUUGGCUAUUCAGACGGCCUCUUAAAGAGUACUCUUUUGAGAAAGUUCGAGAAGAAAGCAGUUUUAGUGAUAUCCCAGAUGUGAAGAAUGACUUUGCUUUCCUCUUACACAUGGUGGACCAGUAUGACCAAUUGUACUCUAAACGUUUUGGUGUCUUUCUCUCAGAGGUAAGUGAGAACAAACUGCGGCAAAUCAGCUUAAACCACGAGUGGACCUUUGAGAAACUACGCCAACACGUGACUCGCAAUGCCCAGGACAAGCUUGAGCUGCAUCUUUUUAUGCUUUCUGGCGUUCCUGAUGCGGUCUUUGACCUCACUGAUGUAGAGGUCCUAAAACUAGAACUCAUCCCAGAGGCACGUAUCACAGCGAAAAUUUCCCAGAUGACCAACCUCCGCGAAUUGCACUUUUACCACUGCCCCGCCAAAGUUGAACAGACUGCAUUCAGUUUCCUCCGCGAUCACCUUUGCUGCCUUCAUGUCAAGUUUACGGAUGUAGGAGAGAUUCCCACUUGGGUUUACAUGCUAAAGAACUUGAGAGAGCUCUACUUGGUGGGAAACUUGAACUCCGAGAAUAACAAAAUGAUAGGAUUAGAGUCCCUCAGGGACUUGAGGCAUCUAAAGAUCCUACAUUUGAAGAGCAACCUUACCAAGAUCCCGACUAACAUUACGGACUUAUCACCCCACCUGAUCAAACUUGUGGUUCACAAUGAUGGUACUAAACUCUUGGUGUUAAAUAUCUUGAAAAAGAUGAUGAACCUUGCUGAACUGGAGCUGCAAAAUUGUGAAUUGGAACGGAUACCGCAUGCAAUUUUUAGUUUGACCAACCUGCAGGAGUUGGACUUGAAAUCGAACAAUAUCCAUACCAUUGAAGAGGUCAUCAGCUUCCAGCACCUCAAGCGGCUUAACUGCCUCAAACUGUGGCACAAUAAAAUAAUUUCCAUUCCAUUGUCCAUAAGUCAUGUUAAAAACCUGGAGUCCCUCUAUCUUUCACAUAACAAACUAGAGACCUUACCUACCACUCUGUUCAGUCUUCUUAAACUUAGAUACCUGGAUGUUAGUCAAAACUCCAUCGUAGUGAUUCCUCCAGAGGUGGGUUUUCUCCAGAAUCUACAGCACUUUGACAUCACAGGAAACAAGGUGGAAGUGGUACCCAAGCAGCUGUUUAAAUGCACAAAGCUGCGUAGCCUAUACCUUGGGUACAAUUGCAUCUCAUUGCUGCCAGAGAAAAUUGGGCAGCUGCUGCAGCUGACUCAUCUUGAGCUGAAGGGCAACUGCCUGGAUUGCCUGCCUUCACAGCUUGGCCAGUGCCGACUCUUGCGCCGAAAUGGCCUCAUUUUGGAUGAUCACCUUUUUGAUUCACUACCCCUAGAGGUCAAAGAGAGCCUAAGUCAGGAAACCAGUGCUAAUUUUGCUAACGGAGUGUGAUUUUUGACCUGGAAAGAAAAACCCCGGUAAGAUGGUUUUCUGAGUGAAUGGAAUUAGAGAGCGCAAAAGGCAGUGUUUCAGUACUUUUUUUUUUUUUUUUUGUCAUUUAAAUUUUUGUCCAGAAGUUUUAUCCAGGACUGUUACAUGCGUACGGAAUGAGUCCAGUAUCAAAGCUUAUGUUAUUUGUUUGCACAGGCCUGAAGAAAUAGCCGGUAAGCCGAAAUAAACAUUUGUGAACUUUAUGCUUAGUGCAUAGAAUUCUGUUAAAAGUAUUCAAAUGUUUGAAAUUUUUAUGAUUGUUAUAUUUUGUUAUUUUAGAAAAAAAAAAUAUUUUUUAUGAUUUGCCCAUUUUACAGUGGAAAUAUAAUUCCGAUCAUUUAUGUUAACAUUUUCACAAGCUGUUAUCCGCACAGUCUGCAUCACAUGCAUUGUGUACUGUGGUGCCAUUAAUGAUUGUAUUUAUUGUUUGGGAGAACCCAGAACAACUGACAUUUUAUUAUAAAGUUAAUCUAAACUAGUGUAUCUGUUAGUCUAAACUACUGUACUUGGCUAUAAAGGGUAAAAAAAAUAAUUAUAAAAAAUAGUUGAAAAGGUCCCCCUGGUACUCCUCAAAAAGGAAUUCUCAUUUGGGUUUAGUGAAAAGUGCACUUAAGCAAUUUAUCAUGUGCACUACGUAGUAUUUAAGAAACUGAAUGUUUGCAUUGAUGCAAAGUUAUCAUAUCCAUCUGAGAUUCACUCACACUAUAUUUUAUACCUCAGUUAAUAUCUGUUUGAUUUUUUUUUAUGAGAUUGUUCCCCUAUUUGAUGUCUAUUAACCAAAAUACAUGGAACUGAAUAACAAUGUUUGUUGAUGGAGUGCAUUGCACAUGAUGCCUUUAGUCUGUGCAAGUUUUGGCAAUAAAAUAGCCUUUUUCUUUUAGCAUCAUCUUUUUAUGUGGGUUACAGAAGUAAUGCAUAAGUUAUGGUGAGCUCAUUUGACUUGUGCAUGUUUUGUAUAUAACACCAUAUGAUGGGACAGACCUGUAAUGUGCAUAGACUGCAUGGUCCUUCAUGCUCAAAAACACCAGUAGACAUAUAUAUAUUCUAACAUAUGAUAUAUAUUCUAACAUCAUAUGUUAGCCUGUAACUGUAUGAAUACAAUCUGCUUUAAUGUAUCCAUUACUGGCUGGUAAAGGUAAUGAAAAUGCUUGCAUUGUGUGAAUCCCUUUUAAGUUACCUUGCUCUUGACAUACUCUGCACUGUGCAUGCCCAUGCAGUCAGCUUUUGAGGCAAAUGCACAAAAAGGUGACUUGACAGAUGUUAGGUAUCGAUAUUCACGCAAAUGUUGGGAUUACAUGUUAUGUUAUAUAACUAUAACCUGAACCUUUGUUGUUUCAUUUUGCUUGACAAAGUAACAGAUCUGUCAUAGACAAAUUAAUGAAACAUGGUCAAGAUUUAAUAGUUGUUUUAUAGUUGAACCAAAAAUUAAGAUUGCUAACAUUUACUCAUCCCGAUGCCAUUCCAGACAUCUAGACAACCUGUAUGAAAGAAUGAAAGUUGUUUGGAUCACAUUUACUUUUACAUUUUAAUAUAAUAUUUCAUUUAUUAUUAUUAUUAUUUUAGUUUAUUUUGUGUGUGUGUGUGUGUGUUUGUUAUCUAUAGGCAUAGGCAUAGGCAAAAAAGGCAUACAGGUUUGAGACAACAUGACGUCCAUUUAAUUUAUUUUUCUUAUUUUUAUUGAAACAUAUUUUCAAAAGGACACUCACCUCACAUUUUUGUGUUUGAGUCGUCUAGUCAUUCUGCGGAAUUAGACUUCCCACACUGUUAUGUUUGUCCUUCUGAAAUGCUGCAGGGUCUGAUCUGUAAUUGGUAUCUUUGUGACCCCUCAAGAAUCUUUAGACUUGAUGUCAUUCCAGAUGAGGCUUGAAAAUAAUUUUUGAUACAUGUGUGAAUAACAAUAAUUAUAACCACACGUGACUCUAGAGAAGUUUCAAUGUUUUGAGUGAUUUUGAAUUAGAUUACUGUCAUAGGUUUUAUAAAAUGUAACUUUGUGUUCUGUUAGAUGUUUGAAAUUAAGGUUUGUUUGUUCAUUUAUGUGGAGAUUCAUUAAUUUAUGUUCCAUUUCCUAGUUUUACUACAGUGUACCUGAUUUGAAAUGAUUCCAUCGAAAAAAAAUACUUUGUGUCCAUUCAGGUACACAAAACACUUAAAUGUUUGUUCUGACUGAGUACUAUAUGUUUUAUUUUUCAGCAAGCUAUUUUAGGGUGUAUUGCUCUUCAGCCUUGAAUGUAGCCUGAUACUGCAGCCCUUCAUGGUUUAGCCUUUCCGUUUUUGAUGGAGAGGAGAAUGAAUUUGGCUUUGCUUCUAAUCACGUUUUGUUUGAAAGGAUGUUAAAUUUGCAACUUGCUAUUUUUAAUAUAAUAAAUAUAUUGAAAAUAAA